AAUGGAUCCAAAUACAUAAAUUAAUGAGAGAUACACAAAAUUGUAAGAGAAAUUGAGUACUUUACAAUUUGAAGUUGAUACAACAAAAGAUGCAAAAAUAGAUGAAAUUUAUGAUAGAAUCAAUUAAGCAUAAAUUGAAUUGAAAGAAAUUAUUAGUAAUUACAGUGAAUAACUUGUAAUGUUUUCUUGUAAAUAUAGGGAUAAUUGACAAAUUAAUUUUCAGAUCUUAGCAAAUAAUUUGAAAAGCAAAAUGAAAAAUAUAGUUCUACACAUGAAAAAAAAAUAAAGGAGAUUAAAAAUUUAGAGAAUAAGCUUUAGAAAAGGCUUGAAGAUGACAUAAAGGCUAAUAAAGAACAAAGUGACUAAGUGCUGUCGAAUUAUGAACAAUAAGUAUUUUUUUAAAUAAAAAUAUUAAAGGUUUAAGAAUUACUCUAACAAAUAGGAUAAGAAAUAAAGGUUAGAAAUUAAUAAGUAAAUAUAAUAAAUACAACACUUCAAAACGAUCUACCAGCUUUGUGGUAAUAUAAUGUAUAAGAAAAUUAAGAAAGAGUAUAAGAAGAUUAAGAUAUUGUUAAAAGAGCUAGCAGUGAUAUUACUAAACUGUUUGAAUAGACAAAUUAAGGAAAAUAAUAGAGGUAAAUUUUAUUUAUUAUUUUGAUAGAGAGGAUUCAGAAAUGAGUAUGUUUUCUAUGCUGAAAGAAGUGGUAGUAAGAAUCAAAAGUGAAUUAGAAGAGGAGAGAUAAUUGAGGAUGGAUGGACAUGAAGCUUUAUUAUCAAUACUUGAAGAGGCUUAUGAAAAAAUGGAAGAAACACAUGCAAAAGUUUAAUAAUAAAAGGCUGCUUUACAAGAUAAAUGA